AAUCUAUUCUAUCAGACUUCACAGUUGUGGCAAUCGCUAGGGCUUCCGACAGACUUGCGAGGAGGCCUGUCUCCCAAGUUAGUGAUCAAUUUAAAGUGACUGUGAAAUUAAACGAACUAUUUUCAAAAUAGAACAUAACAUAAUAUAAUGAAAUAUAUACACCUUUCACAGUUCAUUAGUUAUGAAGAACCAAGCCAUUCAAAGACUUCUAACUAGAUCUACCCUAUAUUCGAUACUUGAUCUAACAAUAAUUUGCCAGUUUCACGGGCACUUGUUAAUGAACCGAAAGUCGAUGAGCAUAUCGAUAAGAUCCCAGCCGAUUCGCUCCGGAUCGGGCGUAUAAUAUAUAACCUAGAGCUACGGUUUCGAUUGUCCUUAGUCGCUGAACGAGAGCUGCGAAGGAUUGUCCUACCAACCGAAAUCAGAAUGAAGUUCAUUGCCACUGUCUGUGUGCUGUUCGCCCUGCUGGAAAUUGCCCUUGGCCUCAAGGAUCCUGUCUGCGGACUGCCCCCAUAUGCUGAUGGUAUCGGCCGUAAAUAUUGCCUCGCCUCCAAACCCUCGUUCAGCUACCAUGCCGAUAGCAACUCCUGCAAGGGCUGGGUCUACGGAGGAUGUGGAGGCAACGACAACCGAUUCCGCCUCAGGGAGUCCUGCGAGCAGAAGUGCAAGGAGUAAUGAUCCGGAACCCAAUUCGAAACUUAUACGGAAAUGCACUAUGCCGAAUAAAAGACCUUUCAAUAGAUGACAAGACUAA